AUGGAUAUCAACUUGCUGGCACUGUGUGUUGUGUUAGUUGGAUCAGUUUUAGGACGAAAAGAUAAUCAUUACCAAGUAGUGGGCGUAGAUUGUGAGGAAAACGAGGCGGUCAGUUGCCUGAUGAUUAAAUGCCCCACUGGCGGCUAUUGUCCUGCGGAGAACUUCUGCUUUAAUCCCAAGUGCGUUUGCCGCACAGGAUAUCGACGGCUUCGAGGUGUCUGUGUGCCAAAACACAAUUCUAUUCACCUGAACAAAGCUACUUUGGAAACCGCCCUGCUCAGACUUCCCUAUAGAGAGUAUUACUUUUGAACGUUCCAAAAUUGUUAGUUGUUACCUUAAAGACCAAUACAUUUUAUGCUUUGUAAAAAUAGCUAUAGACUGAUUAAGCCUGA